CGACGAUUUAAUGACAUCACUAGAGGUGACAACGUGCGACGAGCUACAGUCUCCCAUGUAGAGGAACAGCCUGUCCCCUCGGCAUUCCUUGCUUUGGAUGGAUUCACAAGGGGAGGAUCAAAUAUGGAGAGCGAUAAAGGCGGCUUUGGAUGAUUAUGCCACAAAGGUGCAUUGGCAGGGGAUGACAAAGGCGGCAGUGGCGGCUGCAGUUGAAGGACAUUUAUGGAGGCAGAAAUUCAAGGAUAUUAAUGGAGGCAGCAUUGGGCGAUUGCAAAAGUGGCAGGGGGGUGACAAAGGUGACAGUGGUGGCGAUAGAGGCGACGACCACAAAUCGAUACAUUAAUUUUGUAAAAUGGAGGGAUAGAAGGGAGAUAGAGAAAUGACAUUGUGCAUUGUAUGAUCGAGGGAAAAUGGGUGUGUGAAGGGAGCGAGUGUGUGAGAAGAUUAGAUCAAUUAAGUAAAUUACUCAUAUUUAG